AUGUUUACUCUUAAACAGGUUCUGCCGAUUCUUUUGCUGGGGGAGCUUGUCGUGGCGGGCUUUGCAUGUCUCGAUCCGCAAUGGUGCGAGCCUGGUGUGGUAGCGGUGCGGAAGGAAUGGAGCGAAAUGACCGCCGCAGAACGGAUAGACUAUACCAGCGCUGUCGUGUGUCUGCACCACAAACCUGCCCAGCUGCCCAGCGCCGAAUAUCCCGGCGUCAAAAGCCGACUCGAUGAUUUCGUGGCCACGCACAUCAACUACACCCUGAAGGUCCAUUACGACGGACUCUUCCUCCCCUGGCACCGGCGGUAUCUCUGGCUCUGGGAGCGGGCACUGCGCGAGGAUUGCGGAUACAGAGGGCAUCUGCCAUAUUGGAACUGGCCACUAUGGGCCAACAACCUCGCCGCCAGCCCACUCUUCGACGGCAGCGAAACCUCUCUCUCGGGAGACGGGGAAUAUGAUCCGAACGAGCAACCCAUCACAAACGGCAAUCUGACCAUCCCGCGAGGCACAGGCGGCGGCUGUGUGCGCGACGGCCCAUUUAAGGAUAUCGAGCUACACCUAGGACCCUUCUCACGCACACUCACCUCCUUCACAGACAUCCCCUCCCCGGGAUUCGCAUACAACCCACGUUGCUUCAGCCGCAGUCUCAACCACUGGGUAGCGAGCCGGUACACGAACAGGACGAUCGUCGACACUUUGCUCGCCUCUAGGGAUAUCAACGAGUUCCUCACCGUCGUAGACCACUGGCCGCCGCGGAUGGACGGGGUCUUUGGCGUACAUGGCGGCGGCCACUUUAGUCUCGGCGGAACCCUUCAGGAUCUCUUCGCCUCGCCGCAGGAGCCGGCGUUUUUUCUACAUCAUGCGAUGAUCGAUCGCGUGUGGAGUAUUUGGCAGGACCGGGACGAAAAGACACGGCGGUAUGCACUCAAUGGGACGGGGGUUAUUCUUAAUCCGCCUAGUGCACCGCUGGUCACCUUGGAUACGGUGAUGGAGUUUGGGAUUUUGGAUCGGCCGCGCUCUGUGAGGGAGGUGAUGAGUCCGGUGGAUGGUGGACUUUGUUAUACAUACACUUAG